AAGCUUAAUUUCUCUCAUAUAAUUAAAAUUAAUAAUAACGGUUCUUAGUCUGCUACGGAACGUGACAUAUUAAAAACCUUUUGAAAUGACAGCUUGAUUUGGUUUGGUUUCCGCUACUGUGCUAUUGUGCUAUUUUUCGGUUUUUAAUACGAAAUUCGCCAGAAAAUGUCAAUUUCUACAGCUACAGACGAACGCACGGAAGGUGACGACGAUACAUCACAAGGAAGCCAGCCUAAAGAUGACAGCAGUGACUCUGAAAAUGAAAAUGAGCCUCAGAGCCAAAAUGGAGGCUCUCCUGCCCCAGAGGUUCAUGAAAUUACUAGUGACGACGAUGAAGAUUGUGUAGUGACUAAUGAUGACGAUGAUGAUGAUGACAGUUCUAAUUCAAGUACAGACAGUAAUGAAAGUUCAGAUGAAUCACAAAGUGAAAACAAAAACAUGCAAGAGAAAAAAAUCGAAGAACAACAUCUUGAAAAUGGUGGAGAUGAAUCAGAUAUUGAAGAGGUAUCUGUGGAGGAUCCCUUGAAUGAAACUCCCUCCAAUAAGAACAAGCCUAUUGUAGUCAGCGACACUAGAAGUUUGGCAGACUUGGCAACUAAACAAUCAAAAUCAAACGGAGAUCAGAAUAGUGAACCAACUGUAGUUAUCAUAGAUACAAAUUCUAUAUUAACUACCAAACCACCAGCAUCAGCACCUAGCAAACCCACCUCUACAAGUGCACUGGAUGCACACAACUUAUGUCAGAGUAUUGCUGCCCGUGGUACUACCAUUACUCCUGUCAGUGUGAAAAAUGCCAGCAACAAUAGUAACACUCAAACACCAGCACCUCUACCAAACAUACUGCCUUCCCUCACUGAUGAUAUGUUUGUUGUUGAAGCACCUUCCUUCAUAGUUCCCUACGUAUAUGAAAAGCCCUCUGUAAAACCGUUUAGGGAAUUUGUAGACAAGUUGGGGAAAGAAUUGGAAGAACUGAAAAUAAAGGAAGAACAGGAAAAACUUGAAAAGGAUAAGAUUGAAAGAGAGAGGAAGGAAAAAGAGAGGCAGGAAAAGAUUGAGAGGGGAGAGCUGGACGAAGAGGAUGAAACUAGUGAUAAUAAAAGUGCGGAUGAUUCAAUCAAGGAUAAAAAAACAGAGAAAAAACAGAAAAGGAGGCGUGGCCAAGAAGAAGAUGAUGACUCCUGGGAUGGGGAAUCUUCGUCAGACUCUGAAGGCACUGAUGAUGAUGCUGUUGUCAUUAAGGACAGAGAUGACACUAUUGAUCUUAAAGAUCCAAUCAGCUUGAUUGCUAAAGGACUUAGUGGAGGUAAACCAGACAGCUAUUUUGACUGUUCUCUUGGUCAAUUUUUUAUCAACGUUGGUUUGAACUUAGUUCAAGAAUAUGUACAGAGUGACCUACUCAAACAUCAAAAUCGAAAAUUAUACAAGGAAAAGAAAACAGGCAAAAGCACAAAGGCUACUGAGGCAGCUAUAGCAUCACUUACUCAGAACUUAGAGUUCAGCAAAAAGACAAAUGCUCCUUAUACUCUUGUUCAGAGACGAUGUGAGUUUUGUAGUUUUAAGACAGAAUCCAUGCUCGUAAUGGCGCAUCAUCUAGAGGCACCUCACAUGCGAAAUAACAUCUAUAAAUGCAAUUCUUGUGAAUUUGAAAUUCGUAGUCCCCAUGAUAUAUUGUUUCACAUGGAAGCUGAGCAUAAUAUUCGGGGCAGGCUGGAAAGAGCCCCGGCUUACCAACAGUGUGCUAAUUGUCACUUUGAGGACAACAGUAAGACUAAAUUAGCGCGGCAUCUUAUUGCUUGUGCAAAGAAAUUCAAACCAGAUCUUAAUCUGGCUCCUCCAAUAGAGUGGGAACCACCUGCAAAAAUACCAAAAUUAACAAGGGCUCGUAAUAACAUGGUAGGCACUUAUCAAUCCAACUUUAAUAGGACACAGAUGAAUAUGAAUAAUCUGAGUCGGCCACAGAUAAAUAUGGCAAAUGUCAUUCCCAGUAUGCCUGUACUAGGCAGGCCUCGCGGUCGGCCCCCAACCACAGGUCCGCCACGUCCUCAGCCCGUGUCGGGUGUGCCGAUGAUACGCAGUGGCGUCAUGAUCAUGCAUAACACACCAGCGGUUGGUACCACUAUUGCCAACUAUCCUAUGAUACAAAACCAGACCAACAAUGCUACACCUAAGAUAUCAAUUACUCCACUUCCGCGAGCUCCACAACCAUCAUCUUCACACUCAUCACAAAACUCUAAGGCAACCUUUGUGAUAUGUGAAAUUUGUGAUGGAUAUAUCAAGGAUUUAGAACAAUUGAGGAACCACAUGCAAUGGAUACACAAAGUUAAGAUUCAUCCCAAGAUGAUCUAUAACAGGCCACCCUUGAAUUGCCAGAAAUGCCAAUUUAGAUUUUUCACUGACCAAGGGUUGGAAAGACAUCUUCUUGGUUCCCAUGGGUUGGUCACAAGUUCCAUGCAAGAAGCUGCAAACAAAGGCAAAGAUGCUGGUAGGUGUCCAGUGUGUGGGAGAGUGUACCAGUGGAAGCUACUUAACCAUGUUUCAAGGGACCACAAUAUGACUUUGAAGCCUGCGCACCUGUCAUACAAGUGCACAGUGUGCACAGCCACAUUUGGCAUGUACAAACAGUUUGAGAAUCAUGUCUACUCUGCUCACAGUGUUGUAGCCAAGCGUGUCAUGGAUAAGAGCAAGACACCUGCAUCUUCAACCAAACCUGAAUCAGAUCCUCUACUGAGACCUCUGAAGAUAAGUGAUGAGAUAACAAUCAUACCGCAACCUGCAAAGUCAACUGUUACUAUCACAGCUAAAGGUAAAUAACAUUAAUGUUGAGGGAGUGUGCAGACUGUACUAGUGGCACCCGUAGACCGACAACCCUGCUUUACCAGGAUGCACAUCCAUGUUAUCAAGCAGUAUUGUGUAAAUAACUUAAGCUAUAUCAAACUUAUUUAACAAUAUUAAAGGAAUACCAGAAGUAUGGUGAAAAUUAGGUAAUGAAUUCUUGUUGAAUGGUGUCUUUAACACAAGUUGUAAAUUCAGUGUAUAAAUCCUCUGAAAAUGUAUUUACCAUCAGCACAACAAACAAGUUGUAACAACAGCUUUGCUGGCAUUGCCCAUGUAAUAUCAAAAUAUUAUCAUGGGUGGUGGUUUAAGUGCUAUGUGAUUGUUUGAUUGUCACAAAGUAAAUUCUGUUUAAAUGGUUUUGAAAUGGAUCUGUAGCCUCCUCUAUUGCUGUGUAGAAUAAAUAUUAUUUUGUAGGACGAAAAUGUGAAUUGAUCACAAAUCGCAAAAAUUUAAUAAUUUUCUAAUUCCAGUAAGCUCCUUGAGUAUUUAUUUAUUUUUUCUCUCUCAUGUAUAAUUCUUUUUGUAGCAAGCUAUCAGCCUGUCUUAGAAUAAUUCUUAUGUGAGUUAAGUUACAGAAUAUUUGUAAAAAUAUUUAGCUAGAUACUUUCCAUUAUGAGUGUAUAUUAUUAAAUCAAUCGAGUAUAACAGUGUAGGUAAGUUUAGAUUACAAAUCGUAGACACUAAUUGUAAGUAAGAACUACUGAUCCGAUAAAUGUUUUAUUUAAAAUUACUACCAAAUGUGCUAUUGGACACUAGCAGAACCCUUACUACCGCCGUCGGUCUUAUUUAUUUCUGAUCUCAGGUCAACAAGAUGGAAGUGUUGAUUUGGUAAAAGUUUACUGAAUUGUUAAUGUACUUAUAGAACUGAAAAUGAUGUAUUUUUUUUAUUUAAAUAAAAAAGACCACUGUAAUUGAAAAAAA